AUGAUGGAAAUUGAUGAGACCAGGGAAGCGCAAGGCGCUAUCUUUUCGAUUGAUGUUUUGGCGUUAAUUAAUGAAGCCAGAAAUACUUAUGGUCUAAGGCAUCAAGACUAUGCGCGUUAUAGACGGUACUGUACGCAGAAGGUUCACCAGCUUCGUAGUUCUUUAAAUUUUACUCACGGAAAAGGCAAGUCUUUUCAAAAGAAAGAAAUAGCCGACGAUGUGUUCAAUGACGUUAGAUAUUUGCAAAUCGUUUUGUUUAAUACCGAGCGUGCUUGGAGUUAUGCAAUGGAAUUAAAGAGAGAAUCUAGAUCAAAUGGUGAUGUUCGCAAAAAGCAUCAUUUAAUUAAAAGAUUGAAAAAGGCUGCAAAAUGUGGUAUACAACUAGAAAAGUUAUGCUCACGAGAAUUGAAUAAAGUGGAUACCAAAACUUUCUUUGAUGCACAAGCUUAUUCGGCCUUAAUGUCCGGUUAUUUUCUAUUCGAAAAACAGUCUUGGCAGGCAGCAUUAGAUAAAUUUGCCGCGGCAAGAACGAUAUAUGAGAAGUUAUCUGCAGCUGGAACUUCUCAUCAAGAAACAUUGUGUCAAUCUGCUAUUGAUGAUAUUGAUCCGAAUAUCCGUUACUGCGCAUUCAAGUUGAAGCUAGGUACUGAUAGUAAUAAUAUAGGUGUUGAGGAUCUAGUUAAGAUUACCAUAGGAAAAAACAAAAGCGUUGGUCUUGAUUUAUUGGAAGCGGAAGUAGAAACUGUUCUUGCUCAGACUCGUCAAGAGAAGGCCGCAACUCUUACGUCCAUAUCUUGGCGCGAUCGUGUAGUACCACUUAAGAAUGCAGAUUUAGCAAUAUGUAUUUUACGAGCACGUGAGGCUACAGCCAAUCUUGAAAACGCUUCAGAUACUGAUACAGAAGAGGCUACUAAAAUGGAAUUGUUCGAUUUACUCCUUGAGGCUUAUGGAGAUGCAGAAAGGUUUGCCAAAAAUGCCGUUAAGGAAGAUGCGGAAGCUACGGCAAAACUUAAAUCUUCUAAAUCAGAGCAAAUUUCCGCAGAUCUCAACUUUGUAUAUAAUUAUGUGGCAUAUAAUUAUUUAUCCCGUAGAAUACAACGAAACUUGAUGCUUGUUAAUUCAUUACGAAAACAUAUAGAUAAUCACGAACGUAAUGAGGGAGAGCGGUUUGUUGGAGGAAAAUAUCAAGAUAUCGUUAAAUUAUAUGAUAAUGUUUUACAGAGUUUAAGCGAAAUUAAUGAUCUUUUCGUAGUUCAAAAUGAUGUUAACUUGUCUAGAGAGAUCGAUGCCAAAAUUUGGUAUUUUAAAGCAUGGAGAACUUUAUUUGUUGCCUUGGCUUAUUCGGCUAUAAAUAAGGAGUGGGAAGCAAUUCUUUUAUAUGAGCGCGCUAGAGAAUACAAUGCUCAAGCUAGAGCUUCAUUGUCUCAAUUAAUACUGGACAAAGAUGAUAUAUUAAUUGUAACUAUUAAAGAAGUUACCGAGAUGGAAAAUAUUUUACGAGGUAAAAUAUGCAAGGCUCGAGCUUCUUGGCAUAUACUACAUGAUUCUAAUCUGACCAAAAAAAUGGGCGAAUUGAGUUUUGAUGGAAAAUCCAAAGCGGACUCAAGUAUCGAUAAAGAGAUACCUUUAAGUGAGCGCCUUAAUCAAUAUCCCUCCAAUUUGUCAAUGAAUAAUGCGCGGUUGAUUAAUUUUCCACCUGAAUUUAUUCCUAUUCCCGCAAAACCACUGUUCUUUGACAUUGCCUUUAACUAUGUCGAUUUUCCUCCUACUUUAUCUCAGCGUGCUGGACGAAAAGCACAAACCAGUUUCUUGAAAUCAUUUUUAUGGCGCUAA